AUGCGGCGAUGCAAUACCUUAAGUACGCUGUCCACGGAUGGGUUGGUACUCUUGGUCCCACAGUUCGAACAAAGUCCCGUAUCGGUGACAUACUUUGACGCACAUUCGACUCAACCCAUUCCGUUUGUUUGUCGUGCGUGGCCACCCCAACCGCUUAGCUCAAUCAGUUACUACACGGCAUCUCGUGUUUUUUCCCGUGGAGUGGAUUCCGCAACCUCUGCACUGCACCAGCUUCCCCUCUAUCCGGUUCGGGAAUCCUUACUCAUGAACGAAUCUACGGGAUUGACGAUGCUCCUGUCGAAUCCGGUGGAAAUGGCCAGUCUGAAUGAACAAGACGUGCAUUGUGUGGCUAGCACCCCAUUCGGAUCGAUUCUCAGUCCGCCUUUUCGUUUGCUUCGGGCCGAUUUAAACGCAGAUCGUGUGGAUAAUUACGGCGGAAAAGACGCCCUGACAGUGCCUGUUUAUUUGGACAAUCUUGCUGUUAUUCGAUGCCACAUACCCAAGAGUCAUCCGCCAGCACAAAUUCAUUUCAAACGAAAUGGAUCUGUUCUCAUUCUCGAUCCGCAUUCACCUAUGGAGAACGUGACUAGACUUUUGCGUGGUUUUGCCGAACGUCGUGAGGUUCACGUAGAAGAAGGCGGGAAUUUGACAUUGUACUGUGUUUUUGAGACUUGGCCCGCCCGAUCAAGCACCAUCGAACGUGUGGAUCAGAGAACAAUGGAUACAGACCGACAUCAAUUCGACGCUCAAUUCGGUACCAUGCAUCUCGUGCAAGUGGGUCCGGAUGAUGAAGGUUGGUAUCGAUGCAUGAAUGGAAAUGUCACCUCGAGGGUAUUUGUUCGUGUCAAACGUCGACCGCAUGUCACCCUAGUCCCACCUUUGGUGUCUGUUCCACGAGGGUCUGCUGUCACAUUGAACUGUUCCAGCUCUGGCCCGUCAGUUCCUAUCUGGUAUUUCAACGGUCGUAUCAAACAAUCACAACUGUCUGUCGGUUUUAACUCACAACUAUUUUUCUCAGUGGACUCGCACAAUACCGGUGUGUACCAAUGUAUUGUUCGGGAUUCCAACGAUCAUUGGAUCAGUGCCCAGUCUGUGGUUAGCCUCGAUUCACAACGUCCGAUUCAAAGAGUGGAUUACAAUCGCCUCAUGCAACACACGGGACAGCCGAAGCGAUGGUACACAAUCGUGUCCCGUGCACUGCCCAGUCAGUCGAUCACACUGAGUUGUCUACCUCUUGAACCGCAUCUCAGUGAACUGGCCCAAUGGCUCGCCAACAUCCUACCCGGUCAGGGUCCGGUGGCUCAACGACUUCAGCUGGCACAUCAACUAGGCCUUGUUCUCGUCCAGUGGCGUAAAGAUGAUGUGCAAUUGAAAUUGCCCACCCCAUCCGAAGGAUUGAUUUCACCGUUCCAGUUGAAUUUAACCGUGACACGCUCGGUGGAUUUCGGGUCUUAUCGGUGCGAAGUGUUAGCUGUGGACAGGCAUGUGCUAUUCUCACACGAAACCCGCGUACAGCGCCUGUCAAUAACCGACGAAGCCUCCCGCCAACUUGAAACCAAGCAACCGGAUCCCAACCGUGUUCAGAUCUCGCCUAAGAUCCACGCGUCACCUGACUCUUUCGAAUCGCUCAGGUCUAAUGGGACGGACCUAUCCGAUCUGGCUGAUCGUGAUAAACGAAACGUGUUGCUCACCAAUCGAGCCCAGUCAUCAUCAUCAUCAUUCGGCACAAUGACACGCGCCGGAUCGCAUGAUGCGGUGCUCGCCUAUGCAGAUCAGGCCAGCAUACCUGUGAACCAUGCCCCACUUGGUCUCGCACCACAUUCAUCCUCACUCACCAAUCCAACUGUACGUCUGCAACGUCCAAAUGCCACAGUUGUCGGGGACAAUUUGGCCGCACAGAUUUCCUGGUUCCCAGCGGAAGUGGAUUUCUAUCAGGUCCUCUUCCGUUCUCGACUCCCCAUGGACUCACGUUGGUCGCAUCCUUUCUACGCAGAAGAACGGGUGGCCGAGUGUUGUGCAGAAAAACCGAGCUGUUGUCAAGACAUCAAACACAUCUAUCUGACAAAUCGUCAACGUGACGGUCUGGAGCCGGGUCAUCUGUAUGAGUUUCGUGUGCAUGCGUUUGUCGGUCAAACCCUUGCGGGCAAAAGUCCCUGGUCCGAUCCGAUCAGUUUUGAGCACAUAUCCAAAGUGGCCCCGGUGAUCACGGAAACCGAACGUCUGGAGGGCAAACUUCAAAAUUUGGAACCGGGUAAAGGCUACCAGAUUGUGGUGUAUGGCGUGCACACUCCACCUGGAGUGGACCCCAAAAUGAGCAUUUUCAAGGGUGGAAUCAACGGCCGUCGCAUAACACAAUUCAGUCAUGAAGUGUUUGUCAAGCCCAGAGACUCGAUUCCCCAAUCCGGAUUGGACACCCCAAUGAACUCAGCCAGUGGCCAGACUGUCGAUGCAACUGGACAGACUCGGGAAUCUAGUGUGGCGUUCAACUCAACCGAAUCGAAUCGUCUCAUGUUCCUCAUACUGGGUGCUCUGGCUGGACUCAUGAUCCUGAUCAUGAUAUGUCUGGUGAUCUUGUGUGUCUGGCGUCAGCAACGUGAUAAGCAACGUCUGUUGCUCUAUUGCAAUAACACAAAUGGUGCGGGAGCCAAGUCUGGCGAUGGCUACCCCGAACAGUCACAGCUAACUCGCCGUCCACCCGGUUCUGGUACAUUUAUGCUAAAUCAUUUGAAUGCGUUGGAGAAUAACAAGUCGUUGGAAGCGGGCACACAUCAAUCACGACAGAUCUCCCAACGCUCAUCACUCAUUUAUCCACAGCCACCACCGAUGAGUCCGCCACCGCCACCACCCCCUUCGGCAUUGCUCAGUCAACACACUCGUCAACAGGACGAUGCUUUGGAAAUGGCCAGUCUCAUGUCGGACUACACGCAACAGCAACGUCACAUGCUUCAAUCAGUUGCCCAGCAUUACCCGGUCGCUGCACCACCGCAAUCAGCGACUGCGCAAAUGAUGCUCGAACCACAACAGGCCUAUUGGGCCGCGCAGCAUCCGCAACUGGCCAUGACCGGGUCCAAAUACUCUGGGCAAUUUGCCCCGAUCAACUACUACCCGAGCAAUUCGACGAUGCCGAACGUACCCUAUGGACUGAAAAGGGAACCACCCAGUGGAGGUUCCGUUCAUGAUGGGACUGAUACUGAAUGCGAUAUGUUGGAUCAGGGAUUGCCUUUGGGACCGAAGGAGCAUUUGCUACAUCCGCAAAAUCCACUCUCGCCGACACCAGAUGUGAACGGUCUAUCAUAUCAUCAUUCCCUACCACCUCCAUCCUUGUCCAUGGGUCCGAGCCCUUAUCCGAUCGGACUAUAUCAACAGCAGCAACAACAACAACAGCCCAUGGUUCAUUGCUCUGAAAUUCAGCAACAACAACAACAACAAGAUCAACAACUUAAUUCUGCCUACCCCAACGGUAUACCAUCCACGAAUAUUGAUUCGAACCGUGGCUAUCUCUCGGCAUGCCCCACAUAUCCAGUAUCCAUGCCUCUGUCGAACCUCGGUCCUCAUGCGUUCCUAGUACCCGGGCAGUACGAUCCGGGACUGGGAACUCCGCCUCCGAAUUUCGGUCCGGGCUACUCUUUCGAUCCGCGUGUACCCACUUCUCAUAUGGGCAUCGAAUUGGUCUUUAUCGGUAAUGCGAUGCCGGUGGAAUCGUUUUUAAUGCACACCAUUGAAUUUACUCGUGUUCAUCGACAUCACCAUCAUCACCGACGCCGCCGUCGCAGACUGACGGCCGACAGUAUCACGUCGGACACCGCAGAACGAGAUGACUAUCGGCAUACCGGAACUACGGACACAGGCACUCCACUGAUGACUUCCUCUCCAGUCACCCAUGAAGUACCGCGAUCUAGUCACGUCCAGGACGGGGUGGACCAACCGCCUCCACUUCCACAACACCAUCCUUCGGCAUCGUACGGGGUUUCGGGUUAUCCCAAACCGGGAUGUCAUCCUCUUGAAUCUGUCAACAAGUUCGAUCAACACUAUGCGUCUGAAAAUCCAACUGUCACUCAGAAAAAUGUACCAGAUAAAAUUCGUUCCGUGGGUAACUCGGAGUCUAAGAAACCGAGUGUAUGGUCGGAACAUCCCGAGAGAUCAACUAAUCAAUGGAACANACCUGCAAAUUGGGAUAAAGCCUGUAGUUCACCCGGUUGGCCAGAAUCAUCGAAAUCCGGUUACAAUAUCCCGCCAGAAGUUCCAGCUCAUCGACCUUAUCACAUUGCCGGACCACUGGUCUAUGGUAAUCAUAAUCCAAGUGCUGUAGCCAAUGCCCCCGGUGCCAGCACCGCGCCAAACAGUCUGUCUAGGCGAGUUCCUGCGGGGCUGUUAAGCGGUCCGCCCCGUGUACGCGAUUACUCCGAAUACGGCAUUCCCAACGUGCAUCCACAUUUGAUUCAACAGCCCUCGACGAAAUUGGAAAACGGUGUUCCAAACAGUUCGGUCGAGUCGGUUGAUCCGAACCGGGCAGGCUUUCAUCAUCAUCGUACAGCGGAAUACAGUGAAGCGAACUUCACUAAUCGCUGCCAAACUCGCGAUGCAUACAAGAUUAGUGGUAAAAUUUAA